AUGGUCAAGUCGGUGGCUCGCGUGUACGCAAACUACAACAAAGAUAUGCCCAGCUCGUACUGGGACUAUGAACAUGUCAAAAUUAACUGGGGUAGUCUUAACUACUAUGAGAUUCUACGCAAAGUCGGUCGCGGAAAGUACUCAGAAGCCUUUGAAGGCAUCAACAUUGGCUCGCUCAACAUGGGUAGCUCCAGUAACAGCUCCGGCAGUACUGCAGGUGACAAGGCCUCCAAAACUUCUGCUGGCUCUUCAUCUUCUCCCACCUCUUCCUCCUCUUCCUCUUCUUCUUCAUCCUCCUCUUCAGCAACAGAUACACCCGAGUUUGAAACAUGCGUCAUCAAGGUGCUCAAGCCCGUCCGCAAGAAAAAAAUCAAGCGUGAAAUCAAGAUUCUGCAGAACCUCGCCGGAGGAACAAACAUCGUCACACUGCUAGACGUAGUCCGCGAUCCUACAUCCAAAACUCCCUCGCUCAUCUUUGAAUAUAUCAAUAAUGUCGACUUCCGUGUCCUAUACCCUAAGUUUACAAAUUAUGAUAUCCAGUACUACAUGUUUGAGCUGCUUAAGGCUCUCGAUUACUGUCAUUCAAAGGGAAUCAUGCACCGCGAUGUCAAGCCCCACAAUAUCAUGAUUGACCACCCUAAUCGAAAGCUUCGUCUUAUUGACUGGGGACUUGCCGAGUUCUAUCACCCGGAAAUCGAGUAUAAUGUCCGGGUCGCCAGUCGUUGCUACAAGGGCCCUGAGCUUCUUGUCGACUUUCAAAUGUACGACUACUCACUCGAUCUUUGGUCUCUGGGAGCAGUUCUUGCUGCCAUGAUCUUCAAAAUCGACCCCUUUUUCCACGGCUCUUCAAAUACAAAUCAACUCAUCAAAAUCGCCCAAGUCCUAGGAACUGACGACCUUUUCCGCUACCUCGACAAGUACGAUACCUCUCUGCCGCCUGAGUACGAUAAUAUCCUCGGCGUUUACCCCCGUCAGCCAUGGACUUCAUUCAUCAACAAAACAAACGAGCAGUUUGCAACCCCUCGUGCAAUCGACUUUAUCGACAAGCUCCUCCGUUAUGACCACCAAGAGCGCCUUACUGCUCAAGAAGCAAUGGCCCACCCGUACUUUGAUGAUGUCAGGCCCAUCUUGGCUCCGAGUGUAUAG